AUGGCCACAGAUCUCGCCAACUCACCUGUUCUCAACGACUUUUCGAGCUUUUUCAAAGUUUGGCCGCUUUUUCGAGCUCGCACUAAAGAAGCCUUGCUUGACAAGCUUCGCCCACAUCUGGUUGAUUGUGUACAUCUCAUUCGACGCCUGGAACCACAGCUGUUCCAUACUAUAACCACAGAACAGCAAGCGAACGCAACGCCUUCUAGCCAUCCAUCGCCUCUAUCAUCUACAGUCUCCCGUACAUCCACAUAUACUGAAGCACCACCGACCAUCUCACAGCCUCCUUCACCGACUAUAGAACUGAGGCCACGAACGUCUUCUGCAGCACAGUCGUUAUCAGUUGCACAGAAACCGCGCCCGCCGACUACAUCAAAAUACUUGCCCGGGUUGCCGGAAGAUAUACGAAAAACAAUAUGUCGUACAACGGCCAAAGAAUUCUUCAGGACAGCUCGCGAUCCGAAAGACUGCACAGACUAUUUUCUGGCUCUGGUCCAAGUCGAGAAAAAUACAUGGCUAAAUGCCAUCCAGCAACGCUUCCUCAGCCUUGGAAUAUUUCACUUGCGAGAGCGCAUAUUACAUCAGGGAACCAGAGGUUAUAAUGGGAGCGAAGACCGAUGGCAUUGCACUGAAAAGGCAGCGAAGGACGCCAUUGUUCAUGCGGCAGCAGUCAACAAUCCCGACAUCACCGAAGAAAAAAUAAGAAAGGUCAUCAGCCGGAAUAUCAGUCGAGGCAAAAGAUACAUGGGCAUUGCGCAAGAAUUCUCGAUCAGCGCCGUUGUUAGUCUUUGUCCAAACUACACUGACUUUUACGAGGCGCGACUACCGACUGAACAAAACAAAAAUCGAAGGGUUUUUAUAUCCGAACUGAGGGCAGGAGGUGCCAAAACAACCGCUGAGUUUGAUGAACUAGCCGGUUCGUCGAAUCUGCUCGAGACGGCAGCCCGACGAUAUCUGCAAUGGAUCUAUGCCGACUGUGAGGAUUGGUUUAGCAGGCACAGCGAGAUUUGGCUUCCGAACGAGAAUGUCACGCUACAGAAUAACACUCUCCGCGUGCCUCAGCCCCCAAACACGACUGAAACAUCAGCUCCCUUCCUUAAUAUGCUUGCUGAGACUGCUUUAUCUAGCACAAAUCCGCCGCGCACCAUGGCGAGAGAGAGUCUACAAUUAAAUGGGAGCGUUGCGACAAAUUCAGCUAUUUUAGAGGCGCCAAGAGACGAACUCGUACGCGAUCAUGCUGUGCAGCAUGAGGAUCUGAUUCGGCAAGCAAAUUAUAGCAUAUCUUCAACUGCUGCCCAAAGUCAAGCCGAUCAGAAUCCUGAUUCGUCCUUCGAUCUUCAAUCCCUAUUUGGAGAAGCUGAGCCUGCCGUGCAAAGUGCUGCAGUCUCCUCUGAGUCAGAAAUGCACCAUUUUUCUGAGAUGGUCGAGGAAGCUGAGCCAAUCGUGAAUAGCAGGCGCGUAAGGUCUACGCCCAACCAUACAAGUUGCGGACAGAAAAGAUUAGGUGAUAGCGAAGUCUGUCUAUCCUCAAAGAGGCAGAAGAAUGACGAGAGAACUGGGGAUCACGCUGGAACAUUCAAUGUACAAGCCAGUUGGUUUACCGGCCUCUUGGAUGGUAGCAUUCCUAACAGCGCAUCUGAAGAGAGCCUUGGCGAUAUUGUCUUCAACGUACAACCUGGCUGGUUUGCGGGUUUCUCCGAUGGCACUUUCCCUGACAGAGAGGCGGGAGACGGUUUUAGAGACACCGUUGGCAACAACAUAAACGUGCAGCCUGGCUGGUUUGCGGGCUUCCCAGGCACUUCCAAUGGUAUGGACGCUGGAGACAGCUUUGACAACACCAGCGUCAACGUACAUCCUGGCUGGUUUGCGGGCUUUCCAGGCAGUCUUUUCGAUAGCGUCCAAUCCGCUGCGAUUUCUUCAGAAAUGGAGACUGGAGACGGCGUUGACCCUACUAGCAUCGCCUCUAUUGGGCACUUGUCAAGCAACACUGGUCUCGACGUGCGUCCCGAUUUCAAUCCCAUUAUUGAUGUCGGUGGAUCUCCCAUCCAGGCAGAUGCGAGCAGUGCAGCAGCCUCGGUCUUGUGUUUCUCGUCGGUCGCAAGUUCAUCCGGCCCUCAAGAUAUACUUCACCAUACGCAAAAUAACGGUUCGCGCCAGAUGUGCUCGUUUGGAUAA